AUGGUGACUGUCCGAGAGGCUUUGAACCAAGCCAUAGACGAAGAAAUGAAGAGGGACGAAAGGGUGUUCGUUCUUGGAGAGGAGGUGGGGGUGUCUGGAGGAAGCCACGGAGUUACCGGGGGCCUUUAUAAGAAAUAUGGAAAGUGGAGAGUUCUAGACACGCCGAUCAGCGAGAUGGGAUUUACGGGUCUGGCUGUCGGCGCCUCUUAUCUCGGCCUGAGACCAAUAGUGGACUUCAUGACAUGGAACUUUGCGCUCCAAUCGAUAGACCACAUAAUUAACUCAUGCGCCAAGACGCUGUAUAUGUCUGGAGGGAAAAUCAACUGCCCGAUUGUGUUCAGAGGGCCCAACGGAUUCAACCCAGGAUAUGCAGCCCAGCACACACAGGACUUCAGUAGCUACUACGGUGCUGUCCCGGGGCUCAAGGUUGUCGCACCAUACACUGCGAAAGACCACAAAGGCCUGAUGAAGUCUGCAGUGAGAGACGAGAAUCCUGUAGUGUUCCUGGAGAAUGAGACACUCUACAACGACACAUACGAGAACAUAGAGGAGGGAUAUGUCCAGCCUCUGGACAAGGCUGUUGUUGAGAUCGAAGGCAGCGACGUCACUCUCAUCGGGAUCUCGCUCUCUGUGAAAACAUGCCUUGAGGCAGCAGAGGCACUGGGAGCUCUGGGGAUUUCCUGCGAAGUGAUCAACCUUGUCUCAAUCAGACCUAUAGACAUCCAGACAAUACUGAGGUCUGCCAUGAAGACAAGAUGCGUGUUUGUGGUUGACUUUUCUUGGCCAUCGUUCAGCAUUGCGUCGGAGCUUUCAGCAACAAUACAUGAGAGCUGCUUUGGCAGGCUGAUGGCUCCUGUUCAAAGAAUAAACGGAAAAGACACUCCGACACCCUACUCAAAAGAGAUAGAGAAGAUGGCAUUUCCGACAUCCUUGGACGUUGUCAACUCUGUCAUGGGCAUCUGCAGAGAAAAGUUGCACAAGAAUAAUAAAUCAAAUCUUUAA